AUUGUACUGCCGCAUUUUUCCGAAAAAGUUUUUGGGACGGAGGGCAACAUAGAGUCGGCCCGUCACCACUAUCUGCUUUCACAGAACGGCAGUCUCUGUGGUCGAGUUUUGAUUGAAAUCAGCCAGAGCCGAGGGUUCCAGAGCGAGGUGGAUUUGUUUCUGGUGCAAGCAGUCCUUCAGCAACUGUCGCUGAAGGAUCGCAAAUCCGCCGAGGACACGUUCAUUGAGUACACACGCUAUCACCCGAAGCUACUGAGGCACGAGUUUCCCUAUAAGGAGCCACUGGUCAACUUUUUGUACUUUCUGUUUCGCUUGAUCGAGACAAAGAGUGUGACAGGCUUUCGUUCCCUGCGAAAGCUCUACGAUCCUUCGCUAAAGCGCGAUACAUCGUUCUUGAAGUACGUAACGAAAAUUGGAGUCAUCUACUUUGACGAGCAGCCGGAGACAAAUGCCGGCCCUCCCGGAUUGGGUGGGAUGUUCGGCGACAUAUUCAGUCGGCUGAUGCAAGGUUUUGACGAGGAGGAUGCGGAAGAUCAGAGCACGCCCCAGAGAAGGCAGAACGUGAACGAGCUCGACUAACAGCAGUUCCAGCUGCAGCUUCGUCACGAAUGGCAAUGGAGAACUUCUUGGUUCUUUUUAUUAGUGGGCGCUUUUAGUCAACGAGGUUCAUUGGCGCUAUUUCACAGGACUAUUCUUUUCCUUGUUAUAAUAUUAUUUUGAGAAUGGUUAAAUACGGAGAGCUAAAAUUU